ACACUUGUUCCUCUCGCCCAGCACAAAAAACUCUCAAGUCUCUCUCUCUUCGAGAAUUUCUCCUCCCAAUUUCGCGACGAUCGAUGAGCCGUGCGCUGGGAAGAAACAGAGAAGACCUCGAGGCCGGGUGCGCCGAGCUCCUCCCCGAGAAGCGCACCCUCGCCUGCUUCCUGGCCUCCGUCGCGGCUUUGAUCCUCGUCGUCGUCAACGCCCAUCUUCUGCUUGCAAUUCUCCCCAAGUGGGUUUUCGUCUUCGUGUUGGGAGUUGCCGCGUUUAUAGCCAAGUAUGGUCACUGCAAGCUGCGCCGAGACGAGGAAGAAGAGGCGGAGGAAGCUCAGUUGGACCCUGACAACACCCCAAGGAACAGAGACCGGUUGCCUGAGCUCAGGGUUCAGCUCGCCUUGACCGAGCGCGAUUUCGAUGAUCUGGAUUACGAAGAUUUAAGGGCGCUGGAUGAGGAAAAUCCUGUUCCUGAUUCUCCCCCAAAAGGCGAGGGAAGAGGUACUCCAAGGUUCAUGGUUCAAUCUCAUAUACACAGACAAAGAUCGAAGAUGAAUGAUUUCACGUGCAUUAUUUGCUUCGAAAGAUUUGUCAAGGGACAACUGAUCAGAAGCUUGCCUUGCUUGCAUCAGUUCCACGCGGACUGUGUUGAUCCGUGGCUGAGGAAAGAAGGAACGUGUCCUACUUGUAAAUAUCGAGUAGGUCCGUCUACUCAAGAGCACCAUACCGUUGAUGUCGAGCGAAAUUGAUACACUCUUAUGUAUUCUUAGUACGAAUUUUAGAAAUUGAGUAUCAAGUAGAGAUGUAUCAGCAUUUGUAUUGUACAUACUUUAAACUCAUAUUAAUGAAAAUUUUGGAAUUGACCAGAAAUUUUUGGUUUGUUCAUAUUUCCGACAAGAUCCUUUGGUUCACUGUAAUGGAAAUAAUGCAAUGGAUGCAACGUUUAUGGUAAGAAGUAAACUCUAAAUUCUUUGUUUGCUUACUUCAUGUUGUUUUCGCCAGGAUUUGUUGUCGUAAGAAGUAGGCUCAUAACAUUUCAAUGUAGGCUCCGGCCCCAGAUUCUCAACUUACUGACUUCUUGUUGAUGUGGGACUAAAUUGCUUUGUUAAUUAGUUAUCUCUCUCGCUGUCAUUCUCUUCGACAAUGGCAACGACACGAUUAGCUCCACUCCCUCUUGCUUCACGUUAUGCGCAGAGCAGUGGUACUUCUAGCUUCAAUAAAAAAGAUUCAAACUUAAGAAGAAGAAUAUUCGAGCAUGGAAGAUUCAAGCUUAAUGACCAGUCUCAUGGAUUGGGUCCUUCAAGUUUGCAACCACGAGCGUGGAUUAGAAGAAAUGAAGAAUGUCUCAACGCUGGCUGCGUAAUCAUGUACUUAAUGAGUAACUGAGUAAGGUGAGAUUUUUCUUGACGAUUUCUGUCUAAUAUUUUGCAUAUUUAUCUUUAUUCACCUGUGUUGGGGUACUUUGUUCUUCCCAUUUAGCUUGAUUAUUUUUAAACAAUUACCAAUUUAGUAAUUUCACAUUUCAGUUGUUAACUAAAUAGUAUGCUGAUAUUAUUCUUGAUGCUCAUAACAAUGCUAUGCUAGCCAAUUAGGGGGAAGAUUUCUCAAGUCUCAGACACGUACGUCAUAUUCCAUUUGAGCCAACCAUUCUCA